AUGCUGCCUCCUAAGAGGCCAGUGCACCUGCCAAAGCUUAUGCUGCCUCUGAAGAGGUCAGUGAACCAGCCAAAGCUUAUGCUGCCUCCGAAGAGGCCAGUGCACCAGCCAAAGCUGAUGCUGCCUCCGAAGAGGCCAGUACACCAGCCAAAGCUUAUUGCUGCCUCCGAAGCUGCCAGUGAACCAUCCAAAGCUGAUGCUGCCUCCAAAGAGGCCAAUGCACCAGCCAAAGCUGAUGCUGCCUCCGAAGAGGCCACUGUACAAGCCAAAGCUGAUGCUGCCUCCGAAGCUGCCAGUGCACCAGCUAAAGCUGAUGCUGCCUCCAAAGAGGCCAAUGCACCAGCCAAAGCUGAUGCUUCCUCCGAAGCUGCCAGUGAACCAUCCAAAGCUGAUACUGCCUCCGAAGAGGCCAAGGCCAGUGCACCAGCCAAAGCUGAUGUUGCCACCGAAGAGGGCACUGUACAAGCCAAAGCUGAUGCUGCCUCCGAAGCUGCCAGUGCACCAGCCAAAGCUGACGCUGCAUCUGAAGAGGCCAGUGCAACAGCCAAAGCUGAUGCUGCGUCCGAAGCUGCUAGUGCACUAGCCAAAGCUGAUACUGCCCCCGAAGAGGCCAGUGUACCAGCCAAAGCUGAUGCUGCCUCCGAAGAGGCCAGUGCACCAGCUAAAGCUGAUGCAACCUCCGAAGAGGCCAGUGCACUAUCCAAAGCGGAUGCUGCCUCCUAA